UAAAUCCUCACGAAGUUCACCACAAUAAUGCUCAACCAUGCGACGCGUUGUAGUAACAGGCCUCGGAGCCAUAACACCAUUGGGCGUAGGGAUCCGACCGACAUGGAGUCGCCUUCUUGCAGGAAAUAGUGGCAUAGUUUCUCUUCCCUCGAAUUAUUUCGAAGCCUCACAGCGAGAAAGUCUACCAAGCACGGUUGCUGGUUUGGUACCGUGUGGCAACGAAGGGAAAGAUCCAUGGCGACCUUCGGAUUGGUUAGAAAAAGGAGAGGACUCACGAAUGGCCAAGUUCUCACAGUAUGCGAUUGCAGCUACAGAAAUGGCACUUCAAGAUGCUGGGUGGAAACCGCAGAAACAGGAGGAUAAAGAAUCUACUGGCGUUUGCCUUGGUAGUGGCAUUGGGGGUUUGGAUGAGCUUUAUACGACAAGCAAGAACUAUUCCACGAUGGUAAUACUUCAUCUAAUUCAUUAAAAAUAUUAAUUGAAAUCUGUUAUAGGGCUACAAAUCAGUGUCUCCCUUCUUCGUACCGAAACUUCUCAUAAACCUAGCAGCGGGUCACAUUUCAAUGAAAUAUGGAUUCGAAGGUCCAAAUCAUGCAGUUACGACCGCUUGCACAACUGGCGCACAUUCAAUUGGUGAUGCAUCUCGGUUUAUUGCUUUUGGCGACGCAGAUGUGAUGAUAGCUGGUGGUUCUGAGUCUUGCAUACAUCCGUUAGCUUUCGCCGGCUUUGCAAAAGCUCGUUCACUCGCUCGCCAAUACAACGAUGAUCCCACAUCAUCCUCUCGCCCUUUCGAUCGAGAUAGGUGUGGUUUUGUUAUUUCAGAAGGAGCUGGGGUCGUUGUUUUGGAGGAGUUAGAACAUGCUAAAGCUCGCGGAGCUGAAAUAUAUGCCGAGGUUCGUGGGUAUGGUUGCAGUGGUGAUGCAUAUCAUAUUACCGCUCCUAAAGAAGAUGGAGCUGGCGCAUUUUUAGCCAUGAAAAGGGCUCUCAAGAAUGCCGGAAUUGCACCACGAGAAGUCGAUUACAUUAAUGCUCAUGCUACAAGUACACCUCUCGGUGAUGCUGCUGAAAAUGCCGCCAUCACCAGGUUGAUGCUUGGAGAGGAAGGGGUUGACACCCCAGGUAAAAUUGCAGUCAGCAGCACCAAGGGUGCUAUUGGACAUCUGCUAGGUGCUGCUGGUGCCGUAGAAGCUAUUUUCUCAAUCUUGGCAUUGAAAGAGGUACGAAAUAAUGUUCAUAUGUAAUCUUCUGUUUACUGAAUUCCUUUUAGAACAUACUUCCACCCACACUAAACCUACACAAUCCAGACGAAAACAUGAAUUGUAACUAUGUCCCUUUGUCGGCACAAAGGAAAGAAGUCAAGGUUUCAUUGUCUAAUAGCUUCGGCUUUGGUGGCACAAAUGCCUCGCUCGCGUUUUCGAAAUACGGUUGAUGUAUGAAAGCGUAGUGUGCUUUAUUUUCGUGCCCGGCCUCAUACUACAUGCCCCGAGUCAUAAACCUUUCUUUGUAUACCCGGCUCAGGGGUCGUUUUCAAUUCCAACAGGUACGAAUUCGGGGUGCCAGCCAAAGCUUUAUAUGGGCCUUCGCCAUAAGGUCGUAAUUAUUCAGGAGCCAAAUCACCUGCACAUUUUAUGCUUCGUCGGAUUUGGUCAACGCAAUAAUACGAGAGGAUAUAAGUACUCAGCACUGCCAACCUCAAAGUUACCAAUAUGGACAGCCUUUCGUUGUUCUGGCAGGUCGACAUGCCUGUCGUGCUUAUAAUGUACUAGGAAGAGUGCUUUGCGGAUCGUUCUGGUGGAGUAUUAAUUUAGGCUCAUGUCAAAAAAUAAGGCCAUCAACCAAAACAAUGUAAGGAGUGCACAAUCUCAAGUCUGGUGCUCGUAAGAUUUUCAGUCUAUAUUAGCAUCGGGUGUGUGUAAGUUUCAUCCUCAGAAGUAGUACCCUCAACUUUCACAGAGCUUUCCUGUCGGGAUGCUUUUUCCUCGAUGAUAACAUUAUAAUGAUUUCCAGAAUUGAUUCACAUACUUCACAGUCUGGCGCUCCAACAUGCCGAGGUAUUGUUAAUCUGGCUUUGGGUAAUUCUUCUUUGGCUUUUAGCUAUAAAAGAGGACCGAUAAGGUUACUUUUUCGUCUCGAUUUUUGCUAUGGCUGGACCUGGACCAUUACCAGCUACUUUCAUUAUCAAGAAUCGACUUUUGAUUACGCCCUCCGUAUUGUAGGAAAAAUCUUGCACAGGUCGUCAAUUUUGAAACAUGGUCGCGGAAACAAUGUUGGUCAGCCAAGAGUUAUUGUCAACAUAUCCCAUGAUCUUUGUUUUGAUUUUUUCAUGCAGUCCAUCCUUGUGUCCAGAGGAGUACGAAUGGUUAUCAAAGUUCAAUAUCCUGCACAAGCCUGUUCUUUCGAGGAAAUGACAGUGUUUUAUCUUUCGUUUCGCACUGGCUAAGAUUAUCCGCCUGUCUCGCUUAAGAUCAUAUAUCACGUGCAGGCGAGGAGUUCAUGGUGAAAGUAAACUUUUCAGCCAAAAAGUCAUUGUAUCACGUCGAUUGGACGUUACAGUUUUUAAACCAAUGUGGGAGCCAUAUGUCAUACCUACUAUUGUUACACAAUUCUGUUAAACCACCCGCAUAAGGAAGUCAUGAAGAAAAUGAGAUUUUUGU